GGCAGGACAUACUCCCAGUCCUCAGCCAAUCAGAAGCAUCAACACUCCUCCAACCUGGAGGAAACUGAGAACUCAACGAAAAUCGAAGACCAACAGAGCCGUUCUUCCCAGGCUGUUGUUGAUGCACACACUAAAACCGACAAUGGCGAUGUUUACACAAAGGCAUCCAAACAGGAGGAACAGAAAAAGAGUUCGUCAUACACCACUAGCAAGACUGGAAAUACAACUUAUCAUUCCUCGUCAAAGCAGGAAUCAUCGAGCUCCUCCAGUUACACCAAGCAAUCGACAUCUACUAGCACAUCAAACACUUAUCAGAUAUUGCCUUCAGGGGAACGCGUUCUAGUGAGUUCCACCACAGUUUCAAACCCAAGAGCAAUCUCAGAUGAAACCAAUUCCACCUCUGAUUCUCAAAAUGUAUCCAAAUAUCAAGACACUACAGAUUUCAUUUCAAACUCAAAGAGAGACAAUCAAACAUCAUCAACAAUCGCUUCUGAUGUUAAGAGAUCUGAGAAUAUUUCAAACCGCUACUCAGAAAGCACUAAAUUCAUCUCAAAUGAGACAGCUGAUGUUAAUUCAAGGAACAAUGAGGUGAAGAAUUCCAACCAGACAUACACUACCGAAAGCACUGAUAGGAAUGUUUGUGAUAGGAGACAAACUACUCAGAAUAGCAAAGUUGAAAAUGAAAGUAGUAAUGUUGUUGACCAGAAAAUCAUGUCAGAGCUUCACAAGCUCGAUUCAUAUUUAUCUACUCAGAAUGCUACCGGCGCAUCAACUCCAGUCAGCCCAAACAGUGUGACUGGAGAUGCAGCCAACUGGACAGUGGUGUCCAGCUCAGAUGGGGAGUUUGUCUACAAGAGUGACAAGGAGAGAGCAUCACCAGGUGACAAGCCAGUACUCAUCAAGCAUCCCACCUCUCUCGAAUUGCCGAAAGAAGCCACGGAAGGCCAGUAUGUGACCACCUACCAACAGUCCUAUCAGCCGAAAAAGAUAUCAGUGGAACACAGUCCAACCCAUGAUGCGUUUGCCCGAUCUCUGAGAACCAGCCCUCCACCAUCCAACACCAGGUCCUCAUCGAAGGGAUCCCUGGACCGAAGCAGUCCAGACAGGAAGUUCCAGAAAGGCGGCUCUCCAACUAGACGAAGCCCAGACAAGGAGAGGAGAGUGAGUGUGGCUGGAAGUUACACUAUUGAGAAACCCAAGGAAGUCAAGCGUAAGGUGUCUGAAGCUACCUAUGAUAUUCAGAAAGACACAACUGUCAAGGCCAAGAGGAAGUUCUCCACCACACAGGCAAAGUCAAUCUCGAAGGUGAGAUCUUCCACCCCUGGUACAUCACCUUCCACAAGUCCUACCAGAAUGAACAGAGACCGAUCCUCUUCAUCUGAUUCGGAGUCUGACAGCUCUCAGUUGACUUACAAUAAGAAAACCUCAACAAUAAAACGGUCAUCAUCGAGGAAGUCUCCAGUGAAUAAGGAUCAAAGUUCACCUGAGCGUUCCCCCACAAGGAAAGCAUCAUCACCCACUAAAUCCAUCACUCAAGGUAGAUCAACACCUGAAUCGCGCCCCAGACCUUCGUCUCCAACCAAAUCAGUUCCUGAAAAAGCAAGCUCACCUUCCAGAAAAUCACCCUCCCCCAGUAAUGCGAAGCCAUCUGCAACCAGUCCUGAAAGGGCACCAGUCAGGUCGCCUUCUCCAACUAAAACAACAGGAAUACUUCGUAAAGAUUCCAAAUCUGACUCAGCUUCAACCAUUCUCAUAAAAUCGGAAACUGUAUCAAAGAGUGAUCAAAUAACUGAUGAAACACAGGAGACCACAACUAAUACUCUGAAGAAGAAAACUGAGGAUGAUUCACAAGUAUCUGAGUUCAUUUCCAAGCUGAAACAAGAAGAAGAAACUCAGAAGAAAGCUAUCAAUUCAUCACAAACCAAGCUGACUGAUACUGUAGAUGAAUCAAAUGUUGAUGAAGAUGUGAAUAAAAUGACUUAUCACACCUCUGAUGAAAUAACAAUCACAAAAACAAGCAACACUGAUGAAGAUGAAGGUGUGACAGAGAUUACAACAAAUAACAUUGACUCAUCUAUCACGGAUCGAGAUAGUGUGAGGGAAGAUUCAGUUUCAAAGGAUACAUCUGUUUCAAGAGAAGAUGUUGUUCUAUCACAAGGUGUUUUCAAUAAUGAAGUAUCAAAAACAGAAACACAGGACUUCAUCAAGAAUGAAAAGAGAGGAACCACAAGUCCCUCAUGUCAACCCAGCUUCCGAGAUAAAUCACCUGAGUACAGUUCAGAAGGUUCAGUAACUAAGGAAAUAAAGGCUGCUAGAGGUAUUGGUAAGAAGAAUGUUUCAACUCCCGAUUCCAGUCCUGAGCGAAGUGCUUUUACACCUAUCAAGGAGUUCAGAACAGAACCAGAGUUGAAGGACAAAAUUAAUGUCAAAGUUCAGCCUUCAAAGUACCCAGCUGGAGCACCUUCUCCAGUCUCACCAAGACCAUCUGACAAAAAAGUUCCAGAUCAGACUGCAAAAUCUCGAGAGUCUUCCCCUACCAAGUCAGUCUCACCAUCAAGAUCUGUUUCACCUGUGAAGCAAAUCAAGAAUAAGAGCCCUGUCCGUGAGUCCAAGUCAUCCAGUGUCUCUCCUUACUCGAGUCCAGAAAGAUCUCCAACCAAGAAAACCAAGCCUGCUGACACUCACAAGCCUUCAAGUCAACCCUCAAAGGACACUGACAAGACAAAGAGCGUGAAUCAGAGAACCAAUCGGCGCUCAAGCAUUCCAAGAGCUGAGAAUGUGACUUCUGUGACAAGGAAAGUGAGUGAGAAAAAGAUAGAACUUUCAAGUAACAAGAAACCGACUACGAGGGUGCCUUCUUUUGAGAAGAGAGUUCCAGUCCAAAAGACUCAGAAUGUGAGGAGUGACUCUCAAUCAAGCAUAACUAGAAAAACGGUUACAACAAGGAGUGAUUCUCAAUCAAGUGUCACUAAGAAGACUGUCACAAAAACGGUGAGAUCAUCAUCUGCUCGUGAUAUGAACACACAAAAAUCAACGACCAAUACUCCUACCACUAAAGUCAAAACAACCGCAAUUAUCAAUCUUCAGAGACCAUCUAACAAGUCACUGCCUGUUCAGAAAGUUGCGAACAAUGUUGUCAAUGUAACUGUUACCACAAAAGGAAAGUGAAUGAGGCAGGACCAAGAAAGUCCCAACCAAUCCAAUCCAAGCCUCAAACACCUAAACAAGCCACAACUAGAGUUGUUAAGAAAGAAGUUGUGCAAAAAACCUCACAGAAAACUGUCCACAAAGAUGCAUAUGAUGGCUCCAGUGAUCGAUCCACAAGUGUCUCCAGUCCAGAAACAGUCAAACCAGUUGAUGUUUCUGCAACAAAGAAACAGUCGACUGUUGCAUUGUCAUUGAUAUGUAGCAGUGAUGUAACAUCGAAGCAGGUGAAAUCUCACGAUUUCAAAUCUGAGAUUGAUGUUGAAGACCUGGAAGAUGAGUUGCCUCCAGCUGAAUUCCUUGUUGAUGAUUAUGAAGAUGAUGAGGAUAAACCUGUGCAACAGGUGAAGCCAUCUGUCACUCCAAAAAGUGCUCCCAAAACACAGCCAAAACCAGGUUCUGUUGAUAGAACAACUCCGAAAUCAAGCCCAGCUAAGCCUUCCACAACUCAAAACAAAUCUACUUUGAAUAAGAGAGUAAGCAAUGAGAGCUUGACGACAAGAAACCAGAGCAACAAGAAUGUUACAGCUAAGACAACUGUUGUGAAAAAAGACACAGUGAAGAGUAAGGCUAAUAUCACACUGAACAACAGGAAUAAUGUUGUAACUAGUAAGGUUACACCUACACCAAAAUCUACACCCACUAAGCAACGCCCAGCUGUCCCACCCAAGAAGAAAUUGGUGCAAGAUGAGCCUGAAACGUCAUCUUCUGAAGAUGAGGAGACAAAUAUUAAAGAGAAUGUGAGUAUUAUAACAGAAGAUCAACAGCAUUACAUUGAUGAGUUGGAAGAAAUAAGACAGAAGGAAGAACAAGAGUAUGCAGCAAAACUGAUGGCAACCACAAACCAAGAGGAUUCACUGUUGUCAGUGAUUGUUCAGCUUCCCAAGUCUUCUCGGGAGUCGAGCCCAGGUCACCCGGCUCACAGUCCCUUCUGUGCAGUGAGUGAUGAUGGAGGUGCUCAUCCCAGGUAUGCAGACCUUAUCAGUGAACCAGAAGAUGUCGAAGUAAUCGAUAAGACAAAGCUGUACGAUUCUACCAAUAAACGGUAUGAACAAGUAACCGAUCUGGAUGAAGAGUCUGAAACGGAAGAUCUAAAUGUGAGUGUAGCUGACAGAGUAUCAAAGUUCUUGGCCACAUCCCAGGCUGUUUCAUCCCCCAAGGAAGCUCCAGAAAAACCAACUGAGAGUCCCAAAACUGAGAGGAAGGAGGUGUUGAAAGCAAAGCAUAUGUUUGAAACAAUAGCUAAGAAUCAAACUGCACCGCCAGCUCCCAAUAACAAGCCGGUUGAUAUAUUGAGUAGGCCUUCAGUUUUCGAAGGAAGGCAAGGGGUGACUACUCCCAAGGAUAAAUUCGAUACCUUCCCCAAAACUAAGGCAACUAAAUCAUCUGAAAGUUUGAAUAAGACAGCAUCAACGAAUGAUUUAUUAGUUGAAAAUCAUGAAACUCAUGUGGAUAUUGAAGAAAACACAUCUCAACAAUUCAUCAAAAAUGAAACUACAAAUGUUCUCAAGGAGAUCCAGAUUGAGAAUAUUGAUUCCAACACAAAAUCUAAUAAAAUUAUAGCAGAAGAGAAGAAGGAAACAACAACCAGAGAUAAAACUAGGAAGACAUCAAGUCCUGAGAAAGAAAUACAACCAAGGAAAAGUUCAAUCAAAGAUACCCCUAAAAAGCAAGCGCCUGUGAAGUAUCCAGGCACAGAAAACAAAGAGGCAAAAACUUCAGAGAUUAGGGAGAGUAAAAUAUCCUCAAAGAAAGACUUCUUUGAAAGAAAAGCAAACGCAGAGAAAAAUACAACACUCAACAAGGAGAGGCCUUUGAGGAAAGAACCUGCUAAGCCUAAAAAACCGUCAGAUACUCAAGUCAAAUCGACAGAUUUCAUCCAGAAUGAGAGAAAAACAAGCCCAUCUCCCAGGGCUUCUCCUGAGAGAAAGCCGGUGACAAAGAGGCCAGAAUCACCUGAAGUGAAGAGAGCACAAACCAAAACUGUGCGUGAGAAUUCAUCCACUGAAAUCACCACAAGGAAACAGUCCACUGAAAGAAGGAGUGAGAUUGAUCGGAAAUCAGCAUCAAGUCCCACAAAGGAGAGGAAAGAUUCACCUCGAGCCUCUCCCGAUAAACAGUCACCUGAGAGGUCAACUCCGAGGGAAAAGUCUCCUGAGAAGGUGGCGACCUCUUCAAGGCCCUCAAGCCCUACAAAGAAAGCACCAUCUCCCGAGAGGUCAGCCCCUUCUGAGAGGAAGCCGUCUCUGAAAAGAUCAUCACCCGAGAGGGAAGCCCCUUCUGAGAGGAAAUCGUCUCUGAAGAGAACUUCACCCGAGAGGGAUACUCCUUCUGAGAGGAAAUCGUCUCUAAAGAGAACAUCACCUGAGAGGGAAGCUCCUUCUGAGAGAAAGUCAUCACUGAAAAGGUCGUCACCCGAGAGGAAGGUCUCAGUUGAGACAAGGAGACAGUCACAGGAGAGAACGGUGGUUGUUGAACAGGGAGAGACGGUUGAGCUGAACAAGGCCGGACGAUUUGGUGUCACUCUGAAGCGCACCGCAUCCACCACUUCAGCUGCGACACCGCGGAGGUCGAGUACACCUGGCACAGAGGAAAUCGAAGAUAUUCUCCAGCUGGAACUGCUAGAACAAAUGUUGGAAAAAGCAGUCGGAUAUGAAACUCGCCGCCGUAUUCGAGCUCAAAUUCGCAUCGUCAAGAAAAUGAUUGAAGAUGGUGAACUGCAGGUGACGUCAUCAACAUCAACUAGAACAACAACCACCAGCAAAACAACCAGAUCUACUAAAUCGCCUGUAAAAGAGUUGGAAUCGAAACCUCAAACAAAGCCAGUAGACAAGAAGCCAGAGACCAAGAAACCUGUCGAACAACGACCAGCCACCCCCGUGCAGAGACCAGCGUCUCCGACAAAGCACAAAGUUGAAGUUUCAUCCCUAAAGUCCACCUUCGAAAAGUCCACCUACGAACCCUCCUCAAAGUCCACCUUCGAGCAGAAGGGUGCCGAAACAACGCGCGCCCCAAGUCCCACCAAACCUCAAGACCAACAGACUGUUACCAGGACGGAGACGGUGAAGAAGACAACUCGAGUCGAAACUUCUUCUACAAAUGUGCGGUCACAGCCGAGGGAAAGGGAGCCCUGCCCGAUCACAUCCAGCUAUGGAGUGGGACCCACUGAUGACGAGGGGCGUCCCUUGUUUGGCUUGAAAGCUCUGCGCAGGUCCAACACUGCUAAGACACUCACUGAUGAGCCAGCAACAGCUGACCAGCCAAGCGAGGCGCCGCAGAGUAGCAAGGGAGCGGCGCCAACUGAAGCUGUGGACGGGGUGUUCGACGCUAGGGGUCGCCCACUGUUCGGACUGAGGGCUCUGCAGGUGUCCGCCCAAGGAGACACCCCUGCCGAGAUGCCCGAGGUCUCUUCAACCCAAAUACGUGGACUUGUCAACAAGCACCAACAGAAUGCACGUACUUCUCACAAGGAAAUGGAGAGCAAGACAACAGUCGUGACAUCGAAGAGUGUUGUCAGCUCGGAUGGUUCUGUAUCUGUUAACCGAGAAGUAAUCAAAGGUGAACUAUCGUCACGUAACGGCGAAGAACCUACAGGACGGAUAGUGCACUCCAAGUAUUCUUACCAGACUCCCGACGACUCGAACAAAUCGCAGGGCGUCUCAUCGACUGUGACGACCACUAAGACAAUCGGCGCUGGCGGCAGGCGAAGCUCCGGACCGAAGAUCACCGAACUCGAGGACUCCGACGAACGAAGGUCUUCGGUCAGCUCCUCGCGACGAUACUCGGGUGCCAAGGUCACUGAGGUCGAGGACGACGAGGAACGUCGAGGCGAGGUCGAGUCGACGCGAGGGUCCUCGUCCGAAUGCGACAGCAACCUCGUGUCGUCUGUCAUCAAAAAGUUUUCAGGAUCGAAAACAGCUGAGGCAGACGACAAAUGGCAGAAGUCUUCGUCUGUGACUUCCAAGUUUGUCUCAACCUCUUCGACAAGUUCUACAUCGAGAAAAGCGAACUCAACCGUGACUGAAUCGAAGCCGAAAUCGUUCUCUCCCACGCCUCAGCAGAAAAGCAGUGAUGAUGAUGAAGACAAGAAGAAGCCUCUGGUUAGAGGAGACUCCAUUCGAGCGCUGCAACACAAGUUCCAGCAAGCUACAGAGUCGGCAGCUAAUGGCGCCCCUCAGAGAGGCUACCCACCUGCGGGACUUAUCCUCAGGACUUCCAGUUUUAAAACAACCGAAGAAUCACCUAACAUGUCGUCAUCUCUGAAACAACAUUCCACAAGCAGCAGCACAGAAACGAAGCAGCGUCCGAAUAGGACCUCUUCCUCCUCAGUGACAGUCAGACGUAACAGCAAGGGAGACAGCUCUGUUGAGGAGAAGUCUGUGACGUCAUCAAGCCACACCACCACCUCCACCUCCUCCACCUCGAGGGUGGCCUCAUCCGAGAAGACUUCCUUCCUGGACAACACCUCAAGGGUCACCGGAGUUCAGGAUAUCCUCCAGCGCAUGAGGAAUGCUGAUCUAGUUGUGGAAUCAGGUGACACAGAUGAAGACACUGAGGCGCGUGCCUUGCUGAACAAAUUUCUGGGCGCCUCUGUGAUUCUACAGGGAAUGGAGCAGGGAAUGAAGGCUGCUGCCAAGACAAAUGGGCACACGCCUUCGCCGUUGUCUGCUUCAUCAUCACCCACCAGUGCUACACUGGUCAGCAGGGUCGAGAAGCAACGAAUUGCCUCCUCCAACACCAAUCAACUUAGUGAAGAAGAGCUCGAAAAUAUUUGGGACGAGAAACAGCUUCGAAACUUGUUGGAAGCCUGUUCGGACUACGAAGGUAGACGGCGAAUUAGAGCACGACUUCGCGCAGUUAUGGCAGAACAGAAAGUUUGCGCCGAUGUAGUGGCGGUGGCCGCGUCAGACGCGAGCGGAAACUCGAUGCUAAGCCAGGGUGAGUUGCCAGUGUCAAUACUGCGAUCCCAAUCGAGUCAGAGUAGUGGUGUCGAUGACUCGGGCACCGAAUCCGGGGAGGACUUGCGCCUCCUAAGUCCCGAAGUCCUCGCCGAAGUACAGGGCGCGCUUGGCAAGCUGGAGACCGCUCUACCCAGUCUAGACCCAGGGCGUCGCGAAGCCCUUCUGCAACUAGUCAGCCGGCUGCAGACUUGUUUGCAGAUUCCCAAACCGGCCACGCCCCCCAACCCCCCUCCGCGACGGUUCCCGCGCGUCGCGCGCAGAUCGCGUCACACGGUUGGCGUCAGUCGCGAGGAGCUAGCCGACGCGAGACGCUGGCUCCAGGAGACGAACCCAACCCCUGACUCGACACCCCGACGAGGAUCCGAGACCCUCACGAACGAAUCUCUAGUCUCCAAAGUUUUCCGGCCGGUUAAGUUCAACCCUAUCAUACGCUCUACCUCCGAGGAGACCUACUUCGAAUCGUCUAACCCCCUUGAAGAACACCCCAUUAUUGAACAACACUUCAACCCCAUACUAUACAAAGCUGAGGUGCAGUACAUGUCCCAGACCCAACCCCUGUUAGCCUCUGUCUCCUAUGUACUCGACAAAAACACUGAACGCCUGAUGGGGGAUGCUACCGGUAGCAGCAUUCUAGAAUACGACCCCAGCUCCGUUCUCUUCACCCCUGAACAAUCAGUUCAAAUCGCUGUGCACAAGGCAGCCAUCAACAAACAAAUCUUCUCCAAAGAAGAGGAAAAACGUAGAGAGGAUAGUGAUGACGAGGAAUUCUCCAGCACUGAGGAUGAUCAUCACCUACCAACAAACUCUCUUGUCUCCUCUGCGCAAAGACUCCUCCUCAUGGCCUCAGAUAACAGAAAGGUUUCGUCCUCUAACCUCAACCGGUUUCACACGAAAAACAACAAGAAAAUGAAGAUGAAACGCGCCAACACUAUAGACAUACCGAAACCGCAGAACUACUACGAUGUUGACGGAUCGUCGUGUGACGAGUUCGACAGGAACUCAGUGGAUGACGGAAAUUUAUCUGAUAAUAAUAAAAUUUACAGGAACAAUCAUAGUAAUAACAGUAAUAGGAAGUUGCCGUUCACGUUGGAACCGAAAACAGCGAACGAUUUCAAGUUCUUAGCGUUUCUACAGCAGACCAGUGAGAGGGAGAAUAAUGCGGCAAGUUAUAAUCCUUGUGCAAGAGGUGGAGCCCAAUGGAGUAAUCGCUUCUCCAACAUAAAAACCGCGUUUGAACCCGGGGCUAGGAGACAAUCCAAUCCCAACGUGUCAUCUGUCAACAAAUCAAUGUGGCAUAAUCUCGAACAACAACAGAAACAACAACAAAGUGAGACAGACAAGCGACACACCAGAACUCCUCAACCAAUACAGAAGAAACUGCCUUGGACUAAUAACAGUAGUAGUACGUCACAUCAAAACGAAAAUGUUGUGAUCGGCUCCAUAACUGUAGCCAAGAAGACACCUGGUCCAAUCAACCAGUUCUCCCACGCUCCCAAAUCGGCGUUUAAACCUCCUGAAAAGAAAACAAUCCCCCCUGUUCAACCUUAUAAUCCACCCUCUGCCUCAGGUACCGUCAAACUGUUAGCAUCCCAGAAGUUUUCCGGACAAAAUCCUUCACCAAAACCGAUUCUCAAACAAUACCCACCCCAGGAUAAAAUUCUCAAUUCGUUUAAACCGAAAAGUACUAACAAAGACUUGUUUCAGAAGCAACCAGAUGAUUGUAGAGGUUUUGUUCCGUACACAAAACUCCAUCAUGAGGUUACCCAAGUCCCUAAAGUACCUCAACCGGUUGAGAAAGUUGACAAUAAUUCUCAAAUCAAGCCUUAUUAUAUACAACCACAGAAAAUCGAAAACCACAGAGUUAGCAAAGUUGUGAAAUCUCUUGAGAGUGAGAAAAGUAAUGAGGUGGCCCCUGUACCUCCACCUAAACCUGCUCAAUCUCAUCAUGUUUUCAAACAUCAUCUGGUUAAAAUCCCUGAUGAGAGCUUCAGUUAUUCUGCUCCCAUGAAUAGCAAUCUGUAUGACCGUCUGACACCAGAAGUGUCAUCAAUUAAUAACCGACCGUUCAUGGAUGACAAAAUUACUAAUUACAGAAGUAAUUAUGAAGAUAAUGAGGAUAGGUAUCCUCAAACUCAUUUUAUCCCCGCAUCUCCCCCGAUUCAAAACCCUUCCAAUCUAUAUAUACCGCAUUCAUUGCCUGAUACUGGUUACUCUUCCUCAAGUUUGAAGUCGAAUAGUAGUUUCGAAUACUCUCCAUCUUCUCCUAAUAGAGUAGCGAAUAACUGUUUCCCGCAUAACUUUUCACCUCAGAGAACAGGGGGUGUUUUAGAGAGUAGGACUUCAAGUAUUGAGAAUGAAUUGAAUAUCGCGAGUGAUGCAAUAUCUCCACUACCCUCCCAGUAUUAUGUGGGACAAGUGCAGAAUAAUUUGUUGAGGAUUCCCAGUAAUUUGCCGACUGGAAGGUCGUCGAAAACGUCCUCCAUAGAUGAGGACGAGAGUGCGUCAGCCAGUCCGUCGUUCUGGGCGAACGAGGAGGUGUCGAAAAUCAUCAACCCUUGUGACCAGAUGGAGUCACAGACGGCGGUGACGAGAGUCAUGGGGCAACCGCACACGGCAGUCACCGUCACGAACAAGAUGCGUCACCGUCACGAGAGCGCAGCCCGCAAAAUCGAGUCACACAUUCUAUCAGCGGCUGCCAACCCGUCCUCACCCUCCUUCCCCAACGUUCUGCAGAAGUCCGAAUCGUGGCAUCAGAUGGUAAAAGAGAAGAUGGCGCAGGCCAAACAGGCUCCACCUCUCCCCAAAAUACCCAAAGCGAAGUCUUCGCACGCGCUCGCGUUCCCCAAACAGUUCGAAGCCGCUCAACCGAAAGAACUGCUACAAUCGAAACAGUCCACCGUCGAUCAGUACUUGAAAAAGUCCAAAUCGAACGCUGGCAUCAAUAAACUGAAAGAACGUAGAUCUACCACCAAAGUGGAAUCCACAACUUCUAUUAGAUUGGACGAAGACUUGAGGAACGUCGAUGAAGCUUUUGAAAGUUUGUUCAACGAGACGAGUAAAAGAAGAAGUAACAAGUAGAAACUAUCUAUUAGUCUGUGUGUUGAUAAUGUGAGUCCCCACAGACUCAUUGCCCUACGAUGUGAUAAACGUGUAUUUUUCUAUUGUCAAUGAUAAUAAGCACUCCCACAAAGACCCGUUUUUAUUUUCGCUCAACUUCUCUCUCAUUCAUGCUUUACGUGUUUUUGUUUCCACUAUUUGAUGUCCCUGCUGAUUUCUCUCUGUGUAAUUUCUCUCUAACCAAGUUCGAUUAGCAGCGAAGGACGGGCAAUUAUAUUGUCCGAGACAGCGCUGCGCAUGCGCAGUCCCACGGUGCAAUUGCACCCAACUGCAAUCGGGUGCAACUGGUGCAAUUGGGUGGAGACGCUAGCCGCUCUUAAUGUACGGAAUCAAAGCAUGUGUCUACCAAAACCGAAGGAUCAACUGUCACUCAUUCAGAAGUUCGAACCACAUCUUCAUUCUCAAGUCACCGUAUGACUAAAGCUAACAGUGUAACAUCACCUUUCGCUAAGUUUAAGCAGCUCGAACGUCAAAACUCUGCACCUAGCCGCCCGUCAGAAAACAACACAACUCCUAUAUUUAAAUUCACCGAUCCAAAGUUGGCCAGAAGUGCUUCGACCAUCAAAGAUAGGCUGCUCUACUGGGUGCAGGCUCAGACGAAGGAGUACAAGAACAUCCAAAUAGAUAAUUUCUCAACAAGCUGGAACGACGGUCUGGCAUUCUGUGCUCUCAUACAUCACUUUUGUCCUGAAGCCUUUGACUACGAUCAACUAACUCCAGAAAAACGCAGACAUAAUUUCGAGCUAGCUUUCAGAGUGGCUGAAGAAAAAGCCGACAUUGCACCUCUGCUAGACGUGGAAGACAUGGUGGUAAUGCGUCGCCCCGACUGGAAAUGCGUCUUCACCUACGUCCAAUCGGUCUACCGUCGGUUUCAUGCCUCUCAGGAUGCAGCUCGCUAACCCUAACAUCUACUAACUCACUCCCCCAUCACAGCUAGGCUAAUUACUAACUCGUCAUUAGAAAAAAAA